CACAAAAUGGCUGAAUGAAAAAAGGGACCAAACAUUUUAACAGGUAUAAAAGGCUGAUUACAUUGUCUCAUUAUGAUGCAACCUCUUCAUCACUGCAAGCAUCUACUAGACCAACUGAACAAACAGAGGCAGGAGGGGUUCCUGUGUGACUGCACCAUUGUGAUUGGCCAGACUCACUUCAGGGCUCACAUGAAUGUACUGGCAGCAUUUAGUGAGUACUUUGGAUGUCAGAGUGGGAAUGCAGAUGUGAACAGUGUCACCUUUCUGGAUCCAACUCUGGUGAACGCCAGCGGGUUUCAGAAGCUGUUGGAUUACGUGUACACAGGAAAUAUUAUCAUUGAUGGUGAGGAUGCUAUUGAAAUCCACAAAGCGGCCACCUACCUCAAAAUAGAGGCGGUGGCAGCGAGAUGUAAACUAAAUGCAGAGCCUGGGAUAGCAGAUGUCAAACUACUGUCUAAAGAAAUUCUGAGUGCUGUCGUGGAGCCGGAGAAGCAGGAUGAUGGCCUUUCCGAACCCAGUGACCUGAGGGAGUUAGAAGUUGUAUUUGUAAGUCAGGACCAAGCCCCUCCACAGCCCAAUAACCCAGAGGUGGAAGAAAAGGGAGCAAAAAAAGCUAGAAAACCCAGAAAAGGACAUGGGACUAAAGCCCAGCAGAGGAGGAGCUGCCAACCAAAAGAGAAGCAGACACAAAAAAACAGCCCAUCCCUGCUGACUGAAGCUUUCAGUGAUGCAAGCAACAAGACAACCCAACUCGGCAUUCAAAUGAUGCAGGGAGACGAGGAACUGGAUAACGAGUCUUCAUUAGGGAUGGACAGUGAAAGUCUUCCAGACCAAAAUGCAUUGAUUCAAAAAUCUGUGGUAAAGAAAGGAAAGUCCCGGAAGCUUUGUACGUUGAAGGAGAACUGUGCCUCGGAUGCGCUAAGCGAAGAUAAUGUAGACAGCUUGGACAGCAGUGAGGCAGAAGGACUGUCUGAGAAGCAGCUGAAGAUGAAGCCGGUGUGUAACACCUGUGGGAAAGUGUUCUCUGAAGCCAGCAGCUUGCGGAGGCACAUGCGAAUACACAAAGGUGUAAAGCCCUACGUCUGCCAGCUUUGUGAGAAAGCGUUUACACAGUGCAACCAGCUGAAAACGCACGUCCGCACUCACACGGGGGAAAAGCCAUACCAGUGUGAUACGUGUGAUAAAGGCUUCGCUCAGAAAUGUCAGCUGGUUUUCCACAGUCGUAUGCAUCAUGGGGAAGAGAAACCGUACAAAUGUGAUAUCUGUGGCCUGCAGUUUGCCACAUCCAGUAACCUGAAAAUACACUCCAGGAAGCACAGUGGAGAGAAGCCAUAUGUUUGUGAGCGGUGUGGGCAGCGCUUUGCUCAGGCCAGCACUCUCACUUACCACGUCCGGCGCCACACAGGAGAAAAGCCCUACAUCUGUGAUACGUGUGGUAAAGCGUUCGCUGUCUCCAGCUCUCUCAUCACACACGCUCGGAAACACACAGGAGAGAAGCCAUAUGUGUGUCGCACUUGUGGAAAACGUUUUAUUUCUUCAGGAGAGCUUAACAAGCACUGCAGGUCCCACACAGGUGAAAAGCCUUUUGUCUGUGAAUUGUGUGGAAACUCCUACACAGAUGUGAAGAAUCUAAAAAAGCAUAAAGCAAAGGCACAUGGUGUGUCUGCAGUGGAAAGAAACCUGGACCCUAAUAUAAGCUCUGAAGCCUUAGCGGACACAGACACAUUGGAGAAAGUGUCUCUGCAGGAAACCACCCAGCUAAAGUCUGCUGACAUCCCACUCUCCCUCACCCUGCCCAUGACCACAGAAGACCAGCAGAUGCUUUUGUCAGCAACUGACAGCUCCUCCAUUUCCUCAGAGCAGUUGCUGAGGUCAGCGGUGACAGGCUAUUCCGAACCCCAGUUCAUCUUCUUACAGCAGCUCUAUUAAACAGACACCAGAAACGAUCCACUCAGAAAUUCAUACAGUGUUAACAAGCACAGUAAGAAUUAUGUUAUCUAGUGUACGUGCCAGACAAUUGAAAUGUGCUGUUGUCUAACCGAAUGUAGUGUACUUAAUUUUGAUGUCUCAGCUUUAAUUGAAUAAUGAGCACAUACAGUUUAUCUACAUUCAGCUAUAUGCAAUCUGCAAACCCACAAUGUCAGGAACCGUAAAGAAUAUUUAGGCUUCUACUGUUUAUAGCGUUCUUUGUACCACACAGGAACAUUUCCAUAUGUUCAGGCAUGUGCACAGAGAUGAUACCCUGUUGAUUAUUUAUGUUGUUGUGGACUUCAGUACCAUGUGCUUAUUAUGCAGAUUUUAUUGUCAGAAGCUGAUCAUGUUAUUCCUACUGCAUAAAAAUCAAGUGAAGAUACAAGUUGCUGGUCUUGACAUUUUUAUUAAGCUUGUUAUUUUCAGUGCAAGAAAAAAGUUCUUAUGAAAUCAUUGAUAAGUUAAUUUGUCUACUAUUUGCAUUUUUCUGUAUUUGUGUGUAUUUCAGUAAGCAGCGGUGUGCUACUGUUUUGAUGCUUAGUUUUGAGGAAUUGGUUAACAUAGUACCAGUUGUAACCAUGAUGUUCUAUCUUUUAUAAUCAAUAUUUCCAGUUUAACAAACAGUAUUGUAUCUUUUCUUUGGCCUCUUCCUGUAAUUAAUUCUGCUGAACUGGUGACAGCAUAGAUGUCAUGUUAGGAAUGAAUGCUUCAAGAACUGUAUCUGGAAUAAAAAGCAUCCCUUCUGUACAUUUCAUGUAAACUGUUACAUAAUAAAAUGCAUAAUAAUCAAUGUCUGCAUAGCUUGCACAAAUGCUAAAUAUGUACUUGUAAAUUAUUAAUGGAUUUCACCAAGUACGAUGUGAGGUUAAAAUAAGUUUUUCCACCCUUAGAUAUGGUUGUGAGAGUGUUUUUAUCUUUUGUAGUGUGUAUGUAAAUACAGCUGUAUAUAAUUCAAGAUGUUAAAGAAAAAUGGGCUUUUGUUUGGUGCUAUAACAUCAUGUGUUGUACAUUUUAGAAAGUGUUUUUUGUAUCUUCUCAAGCUUUUCUUGAAUAAAAUAAGUUUUACUAUC